AUGUUAAAAUAUAUUUUUAAAAAUUCAAUUACUUCCUUUCAUCUCUUAUCCAGAUAUCAAAUAAGCAUAGAUAAGAUUCGGAAUUUUUGUAUCAUAGCUCACAUUGAUCAUGGAAAAUCUACUUUGGCAGAUCGAUUCCUUGAAAUCACAGGGACGAUUAGCAAAGGGAAACAUGAGUAAUAUUUGGAUAAGUUGGAGGUUGAAAAAGAGAGAGGAAUCACAGUUAAAGCAUAAUCAGCAGCUAUGCUUUAUAAAGUGGAUGGAAUAGAGUAGUAUUUGUAUAAUUUGAUUGACACUCCUGGACAUGUGGAUUUUACAUACGAGGUAUCACGUUCAAUGAGAGCUUGUGAAGGUGCAAUCUUAUUGAUUGAUGCAACUCAAGGAAUCUAGGCAUAAACACUAUCUAAUUAUAUUUUGGCUAAGAAGUAGAAUUUAAAGAUUAUACCCGUUAUCAAUAAAAUAGAUAUGACUUCUGCAAAUACGGAGACCGUUAUAUAAUAACUGGUUGAAAAAUUCGAUAUGAAUCCAAAUGAGAUAUUUAAGGUGUCUGCUAAAAAAGGAACUGGAGUUACAGAGUUGCUAAAUAAUAUAGUUACAUUGAUACCUCCCCCAUAGGAUCAUAAAGAACUGAAGUGUUUUUUGAUAGACAGUUGGUAUGCUAGAGACAAAGGAGUUGUGUUGUUGAUGUUAAUGAAAGGAGGAAUUUUGAAGAAGGGAGAUUAGAUAUUAUCUUGUGCAUUCAAAAAGAAAUAUGAUGUUUUCGAAGUAGGGAUUUAAAGUCCGGAGAAUGUUCCUUAGGAGAAGUUGGAACCAGGUUAGGUCGGGCAGCAAAUGAGGCCAGAAUAGGAGAUACAUUUAGAAAUUCCUCUAUCAAAGACUUUGGCUGAAGCUGGUUUUGAGUAGGUGAAACCAUUGGUUUAUUGUGGUAUUUAUCCUGAAGACCCAGAUGACUAUGCUGAAUUAAAUAAAUCAAUAUUCAAAUUGGCAUUGACUGAUCCAGCUGUAAUAAUUCAGAAGGAGAGUUCAGCAGCAUUAGGAAAUGGAUAUCGUUGUGGUUUUCUUGGAGUUCUACAUAUGGAUGUAUUUAGAGAGAGAUUGGAGAAUGAAUAUAAUUUGAGUGUCAUAUUGACAUCUCCAAGUGUUCCUUAUAAGGCAAUUUUGAGGAAUGGAAAGGAAGUUCUGGUUGAAAAUGCAAUAAUGGCACCAGAUGCUGCAGUCAUCAAACAUUAUGAACAACCUAUGGCUAUGGCUACUAUAAUGUGUCCAGAAGAGUAUAGUGCCACAAUAUUUUAAUUGUGUGAUGCUAGGAAUGGUAGAAUAGUGGAUUAAGAGAAGUAUGAUAAAUAGGAUAGAUACAUAUUUAAAUUCCCUUUGAAUGAAAUCAUCUAGGAUUUGUUUGAUAAAAUAAAGAGUGCAACUAAAGGGUAUGGGUCAUUGGAAUACGAAUUCUGCGGAUUUGAAAAAGCAAACAUCGUUAAAUUAGUGAUUCAUUUAAUGGAUGAUCCAGUGGAUGCAUUGUCAUUUAUGGUACCAGAAGAAAGGGCUCAUUAAUUGGGAAAGAAGAUUUGUUAAAGAUUGAAGGACAAUAUUCCUUAACAUUUAUUUGUUGUAUCAAUUUAAGCUAAGGUUGGUGGUAAAGUGAUAGCAGCAGAGAAGAUUGGAAGCACUGGAAAAAAUGUAACUGCUAAAUGUUAUGGAGGGGAUUACACAAGAAAGAAGAAGUUAUUGGAUAGAUAGAAGGAGGGCAAGAAGAGGAUGAGAGAAGUUGGCAGAGUUACUGUUAGGAAAGACACCUUCAUUAGUGUAUUCAAAGAUGAUUGA